GUCACUAGAACAGGGCUCACUGAAGAACCGCCUGUCACUCAAAUUAACUAAACACUGGGUCUGUCUGCACACAGCAGGUAGCCAUCAGAGCCAGUGCGUUUCUAUGGUUUACUGUGUGAACAUAUCCAAAUGUAUGUGCAAUUUGCACGGAAAAUACGUGUGUAAGUUUGUAUUAUAAAAGCUCAGAUGUACGUACUGGAAAAUAUUGUUGUUAAGAUAACUAAAGAGAUGAGUAAGUUUCCUUGCUGAUCCCCUCUAAUCACACACCUAAUCACAAACAUGAUGUUAUGUUGCUGCUGGAAUAGAUGUCUACUUUGCAAUGUAGGAACUGCAUGUAACUUACCCAUUAUCCAGACACUAACCAGUUUAACAGCCUGGCAAAGAGACACUCUGUGUUCCAAAAUGACACUUCCAUUUAGCUAGUUCUCUGCCUCUGAAGUCUUCCAGUGAAUCUGUAAUACAAGCUGGUAAACAGAAAUCAAGCUGCUUGGACCGUAUCUGAAGUAUUAAUCCUCCUUCUCACAAUUAGACAAGCAACGUGUAAAGUCUGUGACACUAAGUGAUGCAAUCUACCUCCACAGAUUAGAAUUCAAUUGUAUUCUAUAAUCUCAAAUUGACCUGUUUGUUUUGCACUCGAAACACAUUAGAAAAUAGUUACUGGUUUCAGUUAAUCAGAAUGAAUAUGGGGUGCAGAAAUUCCUUCCUGGAGGUGGGAAUUGUGUUGGAGAAAUCCUAGCCCAUAAACACUAGAAGUCUAAGCAUUAGACUUGUCAUAUUUUUUCCUACCUGGUAUGUGAUUCUGGUGAUCAGCAAGGGUAAAAAAUAAAUCAGUGUUUACAGGUUGUUUAUGAUUCUGUGACUUAUUUUGUAUAUAUGGCAUUAAUAGAAAUUUUCUCUGUAUUUUCUGCAAUUUCCUGUAUCAUGACUCAUAGAGUGUAAUGUAACAGAAUAUGCUAAAAGCCUUCCAUGAUUUGGGUCUCCAUUUUUUAAAUUAACUUACUUUCACUUCCAGUCUGGCUCUUUAUACUUUUCCCAUUGUACUUCCUGCUUCUUCCACCUCCCAGGGCAGUCUGCAAUCUAGUAUUGCAAAGAUCACAGUGAGAAACAUGCAUUCCUUUUCUCUGUUUGGAAAAGACUGCACAUUUUGUCCUAAUUUUAUCAUGAAUUAAGUGAUUAUAUCCUUGGAGAUAUAAUAUUGUUUUUAGAGGAGGGGGUGGGGGGAAUGUGUGUUCAUCAGCGAACCUGUAGGGAAACUGAAGUCCUGGAUCUUACUGAGUAAGAUUUUUCUUCUGUUACUACUUGAUAGAAGUUUUAGCUGAUAACUCUGUGUGUAAGCAUUUGUGUUUGCAUUAAGGUAUUUUGAUAGAUAUUUUCACAAGAAUUCAACUGAUCUCAGUUCUGUCCUUCAUCUUACGUGCCCAUUAGAUAUUUUGACCUUUACUAAAUUUUAGUUUGUGCAUUCGUUUUUUCACCUCUUUAAGAGAACUGGGUUCAUAUUCUGACAUGGGUCACAAGUGAAAGUGGCUUCCAAAGAACUUCUCAAUCCUUCUGUGUGAACCUCCCAAAAGCAUGGCAUGAUUGCAGUCUGCUCAACAGAGGCUAGGGACUGCAAUAGUCGGGGUAUUACAAGAUACAGGAUUGGGGUCCCCUGGAAGAUCUGUGUGGGUUGCACAGCAUCUCCCUUUGCUUUGCCUGACUUAACCCAUGGUAUUAGUCCUUCACUCUGCUGAUCACUAAAAUUAGUCCUAUUUUUUUUAAGUGGAAAUAUUUUAUUGAGAAUGAAAACAUACCUAUAUUAGCCAAGCUUAGUUUCUGUAGUUCUAAUUGGAGACAAGGUUUUCUCAGGUAAUUCAUUGUCUUAGUGUUUAUCAUGUUCAUCGCAAGAGAGGUGAUUCUUCUGUGCAGAUAAAGGGGGUUAUCCAUGGCUUUUGGAGGGGUGGAGAGACAGAUUUCACAAGAGAACGGUAGCUUUUUCUUUUUAUUGUAAUACCUCUUGUUUGUACAAACUUCAGACUGUAAGGGACAUCCAUCAUGUCGAUGGGAGGUGAAAGAUAUGUCCAGAGUAAGUGUGGAGAAUGCCUUUAAAUGUUUUCCUGUAUGGAAAUGGGAUGUGGUUUUCAUUGGGUGGUGUGAGAACAUUGUUUAGUUCAGGCUGGACCACUUGCAUGUUCCUGUCCAUUGUAGCAAUCGGAAAUAGAUACUGAAUGUUACAAUUGCCGUCUUGCCAAAGCAAAGGCAUACAGCCAGAUUCUCCCAUUGCCCUGCGACUUGCCAUAGUCUAUUAUAUCCGCUUUGCACAGGGGUUAAAAUGCUACUGAAUAAGCACAGUAAAAGUUUACACCUGCUUUGCCCUAGACUACACAAGGUGCAGAACAAUGGAGAGUCUAGCCCAUAGUCUCAAAUUGCUAGAGUAAAGCAUAAGCCUCAUGGUUUCCAAUAGUAGUAAAGAACACCUACAUGUGUAGCUCCUAUUAUGAUAAUAAGUGCAGACAUACAGGAAAGAAUAAACUCCCAAGUGCAUUAAAAGAGUUGGUUUCAUAAAUUUGGUAAGGAAUUCAGUGUUAGGAAGGCUGUACUAUGAGCAAGAGACAUGAUGAAUUUGUGAUGGCAAAAAUUAAAGCUGCUAAUCUUUUUUUAAUGAUCAUUUUGACUAAGCCUACAAAGUUGGCUAAUUUACUCUUAGGCCUGGUCUACACUACGCGUUUAUACCGAAUUUAGCAGAGUUAAACCGAUGUAACCCUGCACCCGUCCACACAAUGAAGCCCUUUAUAUCGAUAUAAAGGGCUCUUAAAACCGAUUUCUGUACUCCUCCCCAACGAGGGGAGUAGCACUGAAAUUGGUAUUGCCAUGUCGGAUUAGGGUUAGUGUGGCCACAAUUCGACGGUGUUGGCCUCCGGGCGGUAUCUCACAGUGCACCAUUGUGACCGCUCUGGAAAGCCAUCUGAACUUGGAUGCACUGGCCAGGUAGACACGAAAAGCCCCGCGAACUUUUGAAUUUCAUUUCCUGUUUGGCCAGCGUGGAGAGCUCACCAGCACCGGUGACUACGCAGAGCUCAUCAGCACAGGUAACAAUGCAGUCUCCUGAGAAUCGAAAAAGAGCUCCAGCAUGGACUGCACAGGAGGUACUGGAUCAGAUCGCUGUAUGGGGAGAGGAUUCUGUGCUCACAGAACACCGUUCCAAAAGACAAAAUGAAAAAACAUUUGAAAAAAUUUACAAGGCCAUGAUGCAGAGAGGCCACACCAGGGACUCAGUACAGUGCCGUGUGAAAGCUAAGGAGCUCAGACAAGCCACCAGAAAACCAAAGAAGCAAACGGAAGGUCCGGGGCAAGCCGAAAACAUGCCGCUUCUACGCUGAGCUGUCUGCAAUUCUAGGGGGGUCCGCCACCACUACCCCACUCCUGUCCAUGGAUUCCGAGGUGGGAGUAAUCUCAGCCAUGGCUGAGGAUUCUGCGGACGGGGAAGAUGAGGAGGAGGAAGAGGAGGACGAGCUUGCAGAGAGCACACAGCCCUCCGUUCUCCCCAACAGCCAGGAGCUUUUUCUCACCCUGGCGGAAUUACCCUCCCAAGCCACUAUCCCAAACAAUGAAGCCAUAGAAGGGACCUCUGCUACAAAUUUUUCAGGCCUCCCUACUCCAUCCCGAAGGCUAUCUCAGAUAAGGCGGCAGAAAAAAAAGACACGAAACGAAAUGUUCUCAGAAAUCAUGGAAGUGACCCGCAAUGAAAGAGCUCAUCUGAAUGAGUGGAAGGACGUGGUAUCAAAUUACAGGAAAGAUGCCAGUGAACGUGAGGACAGGAGGGAUGCUCAAGAUGAGAGGUGGCGGCAGGAAGAUCGGAGGUGUAGGCAGGAAGAUCAGCGGUGGCGGGAUGCAACGCUGGGGCUGCUGCGUGAUCAAACUGACAUGCUCCGGCAUCUGGUGGAGCUUCAGGAACAGCAGCAGGAUCACAGAGUGCUGCUGUACCCCUGCGUAACCACCCUCACCAUGUUCAAUAUCCUCCUCACCCAGACGUGUAAGAACGCGUGGGGGAAGGCUUCGUGCACCCGCCCACUCCACCCCUGUGGACAGCCCAAACAAAAGGCUGUCAUUACUUUGAAAUUUUUUUAGUGGCCUUUUCCUUCCCUCCUAUCCUCCUCCGAAACCAUACCCGGGCUACCUUGUCAGUUCUCUCCCUCCUUUUUAUAAUGAAUUAAUAAAGAAUACAUGAUUUUUAAAUGA